CCCAUAGUAAAUUUUAUCCCACCCUAAGGACAGCUGUCAUAAUUUCCUAUCACAAGUCUCUAGGCUAACGGAAUCUAUCAUAACGUGGAAUCUCUAUAUUUCUUCUAAAGCCUUGCUCCAGUCAUUGUCUGACUCUGCCAAACUCUUAAUGAACAUGUUCUGGGGCUCUGCCCGGCUGCUGUGCCAUUCAUAGAUGUUUCUGUAAUAGCAGUUAAUUCUGUAUCUGGAAGUUUUCAUUUUAUGAACGUGACUCUGCUAUGAGUCGAAACACUUGUGCUCUUCACUGUACCCUGGGGAGGUCAUCCUAAAGCUGCAAUAUUUGUACAGGCAUGUCUGUUAUUGAUUGAGGCCAACUGGCUGUGAGAAGAAAAAAGGCAUAGGUAAAAUCUGCUAUCAGCUCAGUUUACAGAAGCUUAUUCAGUAACAAUAUUGGGUUAUUAUACACUAAUAUCAACUGGUUAUUAUACACGAACACCAACUGGUUAUUAUAAACUAACACCACAGAUGUAUUAUACACUAACACCACAUACACUAACCUCAUAUGGUUAUUAUACAACACAACACAGGAUUAUUAUACACUAACACCACUGGGUUAUAUUACAUGAAUACCUCACGUUUAUUAUACACUUAUACUCUAGUGUCACAUGAUUAUUGGCACCAUAAGGUUUUUGAUGAAGAGAAAGCAGGACCUGGUUCCAUCAUUUCCUCAUCCAAAGUGUGGUGUGGUGAGAUCCUUAGUAUUACACUGUAUCUGUCCAUUCCCUCUCUAUAACACUGAUACAGAGUGCGGCCCCCUCUGGGCAAGAUCCUUAGUAUUACACUGUAUCUGUCCAUUCCCUCUCUAUAACACUGAUACAGAGUGCGGCCCCCUCUGGGCAAGAUCCUUAGUAUUACACUGUAUCUGUCCAUUCCCUCUCUAUAACACUGAUACAGAGUGCGGCCCCCUCUGGGCAAGAUCCUUAGUAUUACACUGUAUCUGUCCAUUCCCUCUCUAUAACACUGAUACAGAGUGCGGCCCCCUCUGGGUGAGAUCCUCAGUAUUACAUUCUAUCUCUCCAUUCCCUCUCUAUAACACUGAUACAGAGUGCGGCCCCCUCUGGGUGAGAUCCUCAGUAUUACAUUCUAUCUCUCCAUUCCCUCUCUAUAACACCGAUACAGAGUGUGGCCAUCCUCUGGGUGAGAUCCUCAGUAUUACAUUCUAUCUGUCCAUUCCCUCUCUAUAACACUAAUACAGAGUGCGGCCCCCUCUGGGCAAGAUCCUUAGUAUUACACUGUAUGUGUCCAUUCCCUCUCUAUAACACUGAUACAGAGUGCGGCCAUCCUCUGGGUGAGAUCCUCAGUAUUACAUUCUAUCUGUCCAUUCCCUCUCUAUAACACUAAUACAGAGUGCAGCCUCCUCGGGUUGAGAUCCUCAGCAUUACACUGUAUCUGUCCAUUCCCUCUCUAUAACACUGAUACAGAGUGCGGUCCCCUCUGGAUGAGGUCCUCAGUAUUAUAUUCUAUCUGUCCAUUCCCUCUCUAUAACACUGAUACAGAGUGUGGCCUCCUCUGGAUGAGGUCCUCAGUAUUACACUGUAUCUGUCUAUUGCCUCUCUACAACACUAAUACAGAGUGCGGCCAUCCUCUGGGUGAGAUCCUCAGUAUUACAUUCUAUCUGUCCAUUCCCUCUCUAUAACACGGAUACAGAGUGCGGCCAUCCUCUGGGUGAGGUCCUCAGUAUUACAUUCUAUCUGUUCAUUCCCUCUCUAUAACACUGAUACAGAGUGCGGCCCCCUCUGGGUGAGGUCCUCAGUAUUACAUUCUAUCUGUCCAUUCCCUCUCUAUAACACUAAUACAGAGUGCGGCCUCCUUGGGUUGAGAUCCUCAGUAUUACACUAUAUCUGUCCAUUUCCUCUCUAUAACACUGAUACAGAGUGCGGCCCCCUCUGGGCAAGAUCCUUAGUAUUACACUGUAUCUGUCCAUUUCCUCUCUAUAACACUGAUACAGAGUGCAACCUCCUCGGGUUGAGAUCCUCAGUAUUACACUGUAUCUGUCCAUUCCCUCUCUAUAACACUGAUACAGAGUGCGGCCCCCUCUGGAUGAGGUCCUCAGUAUUAUAUUCUAUCUGUCCAUUCCCUCUCUAUAACACUGAUACAGAGUGCGGCCUCCUCUGGAUGAGGUCCUCAGUAUUACACUGUAUCUGUCCACUCCCUCUCUAUAACAUUGAUACAGAGUGCGGCCCCCUCUGGGUGAGAUCCUCAGUAUUAUAUUCUAUCUGUCCAUUCCCUCUCUAUAACACUAAUACAGAGUGCGCCCAUCUUCUGGGUGAGAUCCUCAGUAUUACAUUCUAUCUGUUCAUUCCCUCUCUAUAACACUAAUACAGAGUGCGGCCAUCCUCUGGGUGAGAUCCUCAGUAUUACAUUCUGUACAUUCCCUCUCUAUAACACUGAUACAGAGUGCAGCCCCCUCUGGGUGAGAUCCUCAGUAUUACAUUCUAUCUGUCCAUUCCCUCUCUAUAACACUGAUACAGAGUGCGGCCCCCUCUGGGUGAGGUCCUCAGUAUUACAUUCUAUCUGUCCAGUGCGGCCUCCUUGGGUUGAGAUCCUCAGUAUUACACUAUAUCUGUCCAUUUCCUCUCUAUAACACUGAUACAGAGUGCGGCCCCCUCUGGGCAAGAUCCUUAGUAUUACACUGUAUCUGUCCAUUUCCUCUCUAUAACACUGAUACAGAGUGCAACCUCCUCGGGUUGAGAUCCUCAGUAUUACACUGUAUCUGUCCAUUCCCUCUCUAUAACACUGAUACAGAGUGUGGCCCCCUCUGGAUGAGGUCCUCAGUAUUAUAUUCUAUCUGUCCAUUCCCUCUCUAUAACACUGAUACAGAGUGCGGCCUCCUCUGGAUGAGGUCCUCAGUAUUACACUGUAUCUGUCCACUCCCUCUCUAUAACAUUGAUACAGAGUGCGGCCCCCUCUGGGUGAGAUCCUCAGUAUUACAUUCUGUCCAUUCCCUCUCUAUAACACUGAUACAGAGUGCGGCCUCCUUGGGUUGAGAUCCUCAGUAUUACACUAUAUCUGUCCAUUUCCUCUCUAUAACACUGAUACAGAGUGCGGCCCCCUCUGGGUGAGAUAUGGCUCAAAAAGAUGGUGAGUAUAUGGCUAUGGUGAUAAGUCUCACUUAAAACACAUGCCAAUCAUGUAUGGGGUAUUGAAUCUCUCCAGUGAAGAACAGUUCAAAUGGAAAUACUGUGUUUAAUAAAACUUUAAUAGGCUUAAAGAUAAUAUAUAAAAACAUGCAAACUUUACAGCAAAUAAAAAUGACAAACACACUGAUUGCACUUCUAAACACAGAGUGCUGGACAAACAGUGUUAUUCAGGCAUUGAGGUCACUAGGACUCCUCUCCCAUCUCAGCUACACCAGAGUACCCAAUCUGGACACAAUGUUCAUAUACAGCAGGAAGGCUGCUGAACAGAUUCAUUUCCGAUUCAAUGCCGAAUAGAGUAUGAAUGAAUACAGGACAAAUUCGAAAGUUGCUCUUACUCCAAGUGGUUUCGCCCUUGAAGGCUUUCUCAAGGAGGGUUGCACAAUUCAGUCUGACACUUCCUGUCGUUCAUCACGAGAGUGUUAAAAGCUGUAAACGAAACCAAAAUCAUCGCCGCCAAGGGUCACCUCACGGGGCGACUAAAAAGCCGUGCAUGCGCAAUGAAAAUAUGGGCAGAACCAAAUAACCAGUGUGAAGCGUUCAUCUCCAUGGCAACCCGAUAUUGCAUCCAUAACAUUUAUAUGCAGAUAACAAUGUAUAUAUAGUUUUCAACACAAUACAAACGCACAUAAAAUCAUGUAAAAUAUAAAAAACUUUAUAAAAGUAUUGUUUAAAGCCCUGUCAUCGUGUACAAAAAGAGUAAUAUGUAAAAAAAUAUAUAGACUUACUUGGUAUCUCUGUAAUUUUAAUCCCAUACUUAUUGUCAUUUAUAUAAAUUAGAAAAUCAGAUAAACUUUCCAUUGGGCCAUCUGAAAUAAUAAUGAGAUCAUCAAUAUAUCUUCUCCGGAGCAUUAUGUUCAUCUGCCAGUCAUGCUGCACCCACAUGUGUCAAUCUUCCCAAUCUGCCACAAACAGGUUCUCAUAACUAUGUGUGCCCAUGUAGGUUUUACACAAUUGUAGGUAAACAAAAAAUUAUUGUGGGAUAAGAUGAAAGAGAUACAGUCUAAAAUAAAAUCUGGCAGAUGUGCAUUCCCUCCAGUGGCCAUUGGAGUAACUAAAUGACCUCCAUUUGUUUAAAUAUACAUAGGGAUUAAGGAGAGAGCGCCGGUAACCUUUUUUCUUUGGUUUUUACUAUAUGUAUUAGGUGAUGUGUACUGUAGUUAUUGCUGCCGCCAGGAGUGAUGGGAGUGAGCGCAGGACUUUUCAUUUUGUAUUAAAAUAAAAUCUGUUUGGUGCUCCACCAAUUGGUCAUCUCCAUGAAGAACUCUUUGAAUUGCCAAAUCUACGUUUAUGUUGGUCUAUGACAAUGUACAAUACAGAUAUAUCCACUGUUGCACAUGUGUAAGUUCUCUUCCACUGGAUUUUAUUGCUCAUUUUUUCUUAUAAUAAACUAGCAAUAAAAUCUUUGAACACCCAUGAAUAAAUCCAAUCUAUCCUUUUUACUACAAGGAGCAAAUUUUAAACACUGUGAAAGAGUGUGACCAGCUCAGUAUUACGCUGUAUCUGUCUAUUCCCUCUCUAUAACCCUGAUACAGAGUGUGGUCACCUCUGGGUGAGAUCCCCAGUAUUACAUUGUAUUUGUCCAUUUCCUCUCUAUAUCACUGAUACAGAGUGUGGUCACCUCUGGGUGAGAUCCUCAGUAUUACACUGUAUCUGUCAAUUUCCUCUCUAUAACACCGAUACAGAGUGCGACCCCCUUUGGGUGAGAUCCUCAGUAUUACACUGUAUCUGUCCAUUCCCUCUCUCUAACACCGAUACAGAGUGCAGCCCCCUCUGGGUGAUAUCCUCAGUAUUACACUGUAUCUGUCCAUUCCCUCUCUAUAAUGCUGAUGCAGAGUGCGGCCCCCUCUGGGUGAGAUCCUCAGUAUUACACUAUAUCUGUCCAUGCCCUCUCUAUAACUCUGAUGCAGAUUGUGGUCACCUCUGGGUGAGAUCCUCAGUAUUCCACAAUAUCUGUCCAUUUCCUCUCUAUAACACCGAUACAGAGUGCAGCCCCCUCUGGGUAAAAUCCUCAGUAUUACAUUCUAUCUGUCCAUGCCCUCUCUAUAACUCUGAUGCAGAUUGUGGUCACCUUUGGGUGAGAUCCUCAGUAUUACACUGUAUCUGUCUAUUCCCUCUUUAUAACACCGAUACAGAGUGCGGCCCCCUCUAGGUGAGAUCCUCAGUAUUACACUGUAUCUGUCCAUUUCCUCUCUAUAACACCGAUACAGAGUGCGACCCCCUUUGGGUGAGAUCCUCAGUAUUACACUGUAUCUGUCCAUCCCCUCUUUAUAACAGUGAUACAGAGUGUGGCCCCUCUGGGUAAGAUCCUCAGUAUUACACUGUAUCUGCACAUUCCCUCUCUAUAAUCCUGAUACAGAGUGUGGCCCCUCUGGGUGAGGUCCUAAGUAUUACACGGCAUCUGUCCAUUCCCUCUCUAUAACACUAAUACAGAGUGUGGUCACCUCUGGGCGAGAUCCUCAGUAUUACAUUGUAUUUGUCCAUUUCCUCUCUAUAUCACUGAUACAGAGUGGUCACCUCUGGGUGAGGUCCUAAGUAUUACACGGCAUCUGUCCAUUCCCUCUCUAUAACACUAAUACAGAGUGUGGUCACCUCUGGGUGAGAUCCUCAGUAUUACACUAUAUCUUGUCCAUUCCCUCUCUAUAACCCUGAUAAAGAGUGUGGCCCCUCUAGGUGAGAUCCUCAGCAUUACCCUGUAUCUGUCCAUUCCCUCUCUAUAACUCUGAUACAGAGUUCGGUCACCUCAUGGUGAGAUCAUCAGUAUUACACUGUAUCUGCCCAUUCCCUCUUUAUAACCCUGAUACAGAGUGCAGCCACUUCUGGGUGAGAUCCUCAGUAUUACACUGUAUCUGUCCAUUCCCUCUCUAUAACCCUGAUACAGAGUGCAGUCACUUCUGGGUGAGGUCCUCAGUAUUACACUGUAUCUGUCCAUUCCCUCUCUAUAACACCAAUACAGAGUGCGGUCACCACUGUAUCUGUCCAUUCCCUCUCUAUAACACCAAUACAGAGUGUGGUCACCUCUGAGUGAGAUGCUCAGUAUUACACUGUAUCUGUCCAUUCCCUCUCUAUAACACCAAUACAGAGUGUGGUCACCUCUGGGUGAGAUCCUCAGUAUUACACUGUAUCUGUCCAUUCCCUCGCUAUAACACCGAUACAGAGUGCAGCCACUUCUGGGUGAUAUCCUCAGUAUUACACUGUAUCUGUCCAUUCCCUCUCUAUAAUGCUGAUGCAGAGUGCGGCCCCCUCUGGGUGAGAUCCUCAGUAUUACACUAUAUCUGUCCAUGCCCUCUCUAUAACUCUGAUGCAGAUUGUGGUCACCUCUGGGUGAGAUCCUCAGUAUUCCACAAUAUCUGUCCAUUUGCUCUCUAUAACACCGAUACAGAGUGCAGCCCCCUAUGGGUAAAAUCCUCAGUAUUACAUUCUAUCUGUCCAUGCCCUCUCUAUAACUCUGAUGCAGAUUGUGGUCACCUCUGGGCGAGACCAUCAGUAUUACACUGUGUCUGUCAUUCCCUCUCUAUAACACUAAUACAGAGUGUGGUCACCUCUGAGUGAGAUCCUCAGUGAUUAAUAGUGUUUACAAUGGAAAUGCAUAGUAAGCAGAGAUCAUCAUAUAAUGAGGUUAUUUAUUGUCCUGGAGCAGUUUUUCAGGUUUAAAAUUCCCUAGAGGGCAUGUAACCAAAAAUGUAAAAAUGCAGAUGAACAGGUAUUGUAUGUGAACUAAUGACUGAACCACUUGGAUUAUUAUUUCAUAAGAAUGAUUUAAACUACAGAUCAUUAAGCUGGGAUAAGUCAUUGUCAAUAUUUAGAGACAACACAAAUGUAUAGAACAUUUCCUUUAACACUAUAUCAUACAUGGCAUGCUGGUACGAAGGUUUACACAGUGUUCUCCAUAUUUAAUCUUAACCUCGGGGACUGAAAGAUCCAAUGGAAGCACAUUUAGAAGGCUAUUGUCACUUCAACGUAGUCUUUAUUCACCACGUUAAUAUCCCCUUUAUUUAUAAAUGUAUUUUCUAGAGCAUACUGACUACUCGGACACUUCAGUAAUGGACACAGGCCGGGCAGUCAAAGGCCCGGCCACAGCUGUACACCAGAGAUGGGCAACUCGCUUUUUCUAACUGGCCCACAAUAGUGAUUUGUCAUCCAAUUAUAGUUUAGGCACCCAUGGUAUGGAGUGCCCCGAAUUGUGGUUUACACUGUGUAACGGACCGUUUUACACAUAAGAGGUUAAAAACCGUUUAGGCGAUAUUCCCCUUUCAAGAUGCACCGACAGCUACUGUAAGCACCCAUCUCCCGAGCUGCAAACUACAAGAAUUCUCCAACUCCCGAACAGGAAAUCCACGAAUACUGGAAACAGCCUACCCUCAAGAUACACUCCUGGCAAUCGGCAUACAAUCCAAUUCCCCCAAUAACGAGACGACACUUCGUUUUGAGGGUCAAGCAGAAUCUGGUUUACUGGGGCUAACUGCCUGGCUUUUAUGCAGGUCUCCCAUCUGGUGGACACUCCCCUAGGGGACCAAAUGGGAGACUGUGACACAAAGGGUAAAAGGACCAAUCACAGACUUACACAUUUCAACAAUCCCACAAUGCAUUGCAAUCCCUCCUCUCUGCCCUGGAGAUAAUUGGUUUGAGAUAAUUGAUAACACAUUUUAGUAAAAAGACAUAAAAUUACACACUGUUACCUUUAUCCCACAAAACACACACAUUUACAAAGCAAUAGGGUGUUUAAUAGGUCCCUCAUAUUGCAAAUAAUAAAAUUACUUAAUUACCGUAUGUAAAAAUCUUACAUAAAUAUGCACAUAGAAUUUAAAUAUAUAUGCAUAUUUAUAUAUUUGAAGUCUACGUUUAUAUUUAUGUUAUUUUGUAUAUGGAUAUAUAUUUUGUAUUAUUUUUAUUUAUUUAUAUAUACAUAUAUAAUAUAUAUAUAUAUAUAUAUAUAUAUAUAUAUAUAUAUAUAUAUAUAUUAUUCUAAGUGUAUUUUGAGAUAUAUAUAUAUAUAUAUAUAUAUAUAUUAAUUUCAAAAUACAGUUAGAAUAAAAUGACAUAUAUAUAUAUAAUUUUUUUAAAGACUUUUUUAUUUUUACAUUUUUUUUAUUUCUUUUUACUUACUUAUUAUUUAUAUUUUAUAAUAAUAUAUAUAUACACAACAUAUAUAGUUAUAUAUACGUGUGUAAUUUAAUUAUAAGUGUGUUUUUAUAUUAAUAUAUGUAUAUAUUAAUAUAAAAAUACACUUAGUAUGACAUUAUAUAUAUUUAUAUAUAUAAUUAUAUUUUUUAUUUAUUAACAAUUUUUAUUUUUUUUAUUUUACAAAUUCAGGGAGACUGUCUGUCAGUUCAGGCAGUCCCCCUGCAGGCAGAUUCACAGACGCCUAUUGCUGCCAUGUGACCGCUCUGUUAGAUUGAUCACAUGGCUGCGGGCGCCUAAUUCGCACAGGGAAGACUGCCUGGGCUGUCAGGCUGUCCCCCGAGACCGGGAGCAACGCCAAUCAGCAUCGGGGGCCAAUUUAAGUUAAGGGGACAAUUUAAUUAAGCUGCACUUACCUGUUGUUGUCCCACCCUCCCUCCCUCGCUUUAUUUUCUCCCGUUGGUCACGGCGGCGGGGGAUGGAGAGAAAAGUUGGGGGGUAGGUCGGAAUGAUAGGGGGUAAAAUGUUUCCUUCAGGGAAAAUAGGUAGGCCUUUGGGCUGGUUUGGUAGGUUUGGGCUCGUUGGUAGCUCAGAACCUGGGUAUCUCGGUAUACCCCUACAAUUGUGGUACUGUGAAAAUGGAUGCCCUUGGUGGCAAUGGUUAUGUGUUCAACUUUAAUUACAUGGUGGUAUAAUGUUGUUGGGAUUUUUUGGUCGUGUAAGAGUGGGUCAUGGCAGUGGCUCUGGCAGUGUCAUCGGGGUGUCAUAACUGGCUAAUGUCAAUUCUGUGCAAAUUGUCAUGCUCAGUGUGCCAUUCUUUGCCUGAGAGUGGUCAGCUGAGAUUUUUGGCUAAUGAGUAGAGACUGGCUCUGCAGAAACCAAACUGUGUGUCACCCAGCCGGAUACUAGCCUCGGAGUCCGGCAGGGACCAGCCAGGUAAAAGAGCAAACCGCUGAUAAACAGAUUGCCUCAUUACUGUAAUUUAACUAAGUUACUCACUAAAGUGGAAAUGCAAAGUGAAUUUAAUAUUAAUUUCGCAUGUUUGUCCUACCCACUGAUAUAAUCUGAAAUUUAUUUUGCAUUCCCAACAAUUCACACUUUAGUUUAUAACCUUGGUUGAGUUAGAUGUUAAAACUCUCUCAUUCCUACAAGCCAGUUACCUACCAACAUAUUAACAGUGCAGUAACUAUCCCUUUUCAAAUUAGUACUUGAGAUUCCUCCCUCCCUCCCGUUUCAGCGUAUAAUAACCCUGUGGUGUUAGUGUGUAAUACCCAUAUAGUGUUAGAGUAUAAUAACUUGGCGAUGUUAGUGUAUAAUAAUCCUGUGGUGUUCGUGUAUAAUAACCCUGUGGUGUUAGUGUAUAAUAAUCCUCUGAUGUUAGUGUAUAAUAAUCCUGUUAUGUUGGUGUAUAAUAACCCUGUGAUGUUAUUGUAUAAUAACCUGGCGAUGUUAGUGUAUAAUAAUCGUGUGCUGUUCAUGUAUAAUACCCAUAUAGUGUUAGUGUAUAAUAACCCUGUGAUGUUAGUUUAUAAUAACCCUGUGAUGUUAGUUUAUAAUAACCCUGUAAUGUUAAUGUGUAAUAACCCUACAGUAUUAGUUUAUAAUGAUCCUGUAAUGUUAGUAUAUAAUAUCCCUGUGGCCCAAACAGGGUACAGACAGCAGACACACAGACAGCCCCCCUUCCCCCCCUACACAGCUCACAUACAUACAUAACACAUAGAAUACCACAAACAGUUCACAUACACAGCCCCUCAAAGAAGCCACAACAUCUAAACAGAACACAAACAGAAUUAAAAACUAAUGUGACUGGCACUCCAGGGGACACCAAGUCUUGUUUUGGCACAAGUUUUCCUCAAUGCAUGUAAAUAAUAAUAAUAAUAAUAAUAAUAAUAAUAAUAAUAACUUUUAAUAAUAAUACAAUAUUUUCUCUCUCCUUUUCCCCCUCUUCUUGGUUUAUUAAAAAACAUCUGAUGAUAUGGGACCUUGAUAAUGCUAUUUGGUAAUGGCGUAAAGUAGUCCCAAUAUCUGAUAUAAAAAAAAAAAAAGAAAAAAGGGAAGGAAAAAAGAAAAAUAAUAAUAAUAACUUUUAAUUAUAAUAAUAACUUUUAAUAAUAAUAAUAAUAAUAAUAAUAAUAAUAACAUUGUAUCUAACACUAUCACUCUGUGCCAUGCAGGGUGCCAGCCCGGGCAGCAGGGGGCGCUGUGAGAGCUCUAUGGUUUGCUGCCUCCCCCAUAGUCAGGGUGAGAGGGGGGUCAGGGUGGAGCUGCAGAGAGGAAGAAAACACAGAGCCAGGAGUAAACCAUCAUACAGCGAAUACCCAUUAUAUACAGUGCCAGCCACUGCAGGAGCCAAGCAGCAAGGUGCAGUGUGUAUAUACCUUCAUUAUACCUCUCUCUGUAUUACACAGCUCUCUGUAUAGUGUCAGUGUAUCUCUGUAUUACACAGCUCUCUCUGUAUAGUGUCAUUAUACCUCUCUCUGUAUUACACAGCUCUCUCUGUAUAGUGUCAUUAUACCUCUCUCUGUAUUACACAGCUCUCUGUAUAGUGUCAUUAUACCUCUCUCUGUAUUAUUAUACCUCUCUCUGUAUUACACAGCUCUCUCUGUAUAGUGUCAUUAUACCUCUCUCUGUAUUACACAGCUCUCUGUAUAGUGUCAUUAUACCUCUCUCUGUAUUACACAGCUCUCUGUAUAGUGUCAUUAUACCUCUCUCUGUAUUACACAGCUCUCUCUGUAUAGUGUCAUUAUACCUCUCUCUGUAUUACACAGCUCUCUCUGUAUUACACAGCUCUCUGUCAUUAUACCUCUCUCUGUAUUACACAGCUCUCUGUAUAGUGUCAUUAUACCUCUCUCUGUAUUACACAGCUCUCUGUAUAGUGUCAUUAUACCUCUCUCUGUAUAGUACCUCUCUCUGUAUUACACAGCUCUCUGCAUAGUGGCAUUAUACCUCUCUCUGUAUUACACAGCUCUCUGUACAGUGUCAGUGUAUCUCUGUAUUACACAGCUCUCUGUAUAGUGUCAGUGUAUCUCUGUAUUACACAGCUCUCUGUAUAGUGUCAGUGUAUCUCUGUAUUACACAGCUCUCUGUAUAGUGUCAUUAUACCUCUCUCUGUAUUACACAGCUCUCUCUGUAUAGUGUCAGUGUAUCUCUGUAUUACACAGCUCUCUCUGUAUAGUGUCAGUGUAUCUCUGUAUUACACAGCUCUCUCUGUAUAGUGUAUAAUCACAUAGAUCAUGCUAUGGUUAAUGGCUGCCUCUUUACCUGGACACAUGGCUGGCUGUAUGAUUUUAUAUACAACUUAAAAUGUGCAUAAUCUAACACCUUCACUUUACUGUUAUUGCAUAUCUCAUUGUAUAUGCACAGGUCUGGGUGUGUACGAACCAAAUAUGCACAGGGUGUAGGUGGGUGUAUAUAUCUAUAAAACUAUAAAUAUAGAUUUGUCUGUGCUUUGCUACAUUUUCAUUUUAUUAUUUUGAUCAUUAUAUAAUUAACUCUUACAGUAUUCUGAUCAGGGUACACCAUUUUCGUUUAAACAAGAAAAAGACCCAUAUUGUGUAAUACUGCUAAUGGCUAAAUACAUUACGCAAUUAGUCUAUUGCAUUUGAAGCCGUUGGCCCGCGGCACACGGUUAUAUGUGCUGUGUCUGCCUUUUAUAGCAUUAUAAACCCUUUAGUGCUGGGGAAAGCGCUAUACGUCCCCUGGGAUACCAGGGGUUAAUGGGAGGCACUUCUGAAGAUCCAAUUCUGCACUGAUUUUAGUACAGGCCAUCAUAAUAACAAACAAACUGCGAUAUGAUCAUGUUACGGGCUGGGCUUGGUCAUAUGAGGAAUUCGUACUGUUUUUUUUUUUAUCUCAACAUUAUAAUAAAAAUGCUAACGUUCUUAGAUCCUGGAAAUGCAAUGAAGCCGGCCCAGAUGUCCUGCUCUACAAGGGGAUUUAGUAACAAUAUAGGGGGUUUUAUAGCUAGGCAGCAAAUUGUAAUGAAUAAUAAAAAAUAAAAAAAAUGAAUUGUAACAUUUUAGGACAAAAUAGUGGAUUUAAAAAAAUUCUCCAAGCCAUACAUGGUUAUGGUUCUGCGACUAAGGCCUGAAUUAUGCAAUUUGGUUCUCCGUUCACCAGCAUUCGACGUUUAGUAAAUAUACUGUAAUAUGAUUUUUGGCCAAAUUCCACAGAUUUUGUGGAGUCUGAUAAUAAUAGGGACGUACAAUUGAUAUGCUGCAGGGUUCUGCCACAUUUCCUAUACUCCAGGGCAGCACUUUUCACGUAGUAUCCAUCUGUAUGGAUAAGUGAUAUGUGCCCAGAAAAAAAACAAACGGUGAUCAGAUAACCCUGGUCCAAUACAAGGUAUCGUAGGUAGCGAUUAUCGUUUAGCUAUAUAUUGCAGAACGUAGCCAGUAAUUUCUAUUUAAUGUAUUCUAAUAAUUAUCCGAAAGUGUGCAGUGGAAGUCAUGUGUCCGUGUUUACAGCUGACACAAAGUUUGGUAAGUUAAUGCAGUCUUAACUGGAUAAUACUAUUCUACAGAGGGAUUUAGAUACAUUAAAGGACUGAGCAGGAAAAUGACAGAUGAGAUAAGUGCAAAGUUGUGCUUUUUGGUUUGAGGAACUUGCAAGCAACUAUAUACUUUAAUAUGGCUAAAUGAGGGAUAACGUUAAAUUAAAAAGACAGCAUACUAGGCAAAGGUGCACAAUGUAAGUCUGCUAUUGCAAAUACCAGAAGGACUGUAAUGCAUACAAAUUGUAUCCACUCACUUGAUAUAUUUAUAAUUUUGCCCUUUUCUAAUUAAUGGUGAGACCCUCACCAUGAAUAUGUCUAAUUUAUAUUCAGGUCCUCCUCACUUACCGACCGGGUUCCGUUCCUAUGAAAUGGUCGUAGAAAGAAUUGGUCAGUAAGUGAGGAGUUAAGGGAUUCCCUGCUCUGAUGCGGAGCAGGGAAUCCCUCUAAUUCCCACGAUAGCUCGCACUUACCCCCACGCUGGAGAGCUGGUUGUAAGUGCGAGCCGUUGUAAAAUGAGGAUCACCUGUACACUGAUCAGCCACAACAUUAAAGCCACCUGCCUAAUAUAAUGUAGAUCCCCCUUGUGUUUGCAAAACUGUUCUGAUGCGUCGAGCCAUGGGCUCCACAAGAUCUCCAAACAUGUCCUGUGGUAUCUGGCACCAAGACCUUCAGCAGAUCCUUGAAGUCUUGCAAUUUGUGAGGUGGGGCCUCAAUGGAUCAGAUUUGUUGUUCUUGCACAGUUACUCAAUCAGAAGGAGAUCUGGGGUAUUUAGAGGCCAAGGCAACACCUUGAGCUCUUUGUCAUGUUCCUCAAACCAUUUCUGAACUAUUUUCGCAGUGUGGCAGGGUGCAUUAUCCUGCUGAAAGAGGUCACUGACAUCUUUUUCCUAUAGUGCAUCCUGCUGCCAUCUCUUCCCCAGGGAAACGACAAACACGCACCCGGCCAUCCAUCUAAUCUAAAAGAAAACGGGAUUCAUCAGACCAGGCAACCUUCUCUAUUGCUCCAUAGUCCAACUAUGACUCUCAUAUCCCCAUUUAAGCUGCUUUCGGAGGUGGCCAGAGGUCAUCAUGGGCACUCUGAACAGUCUGCUUCUAUGCAGACUGGUUCAUGGAUUGCGGGAUAAAACUUACCAGGAAAGGUAUCAAAUAGUGGCACAAAUAAUGGGAGUGCAGGAGGGAGGGGGUAGAUAGAGAAAAUCUGAACUCCAACUAAUCCCCAGCGUACCCUCUCUUGCCUAAAGCAACCCAAAAGCCCAAAGCUAGCAAAGUCACUAACUCCUAACUCUAAAACUUAAAUAAUAAGCCUGACGGUAGAAAUAGCUGCUUAAUCGAAGAGAAACUGCCCUAACUAAAAACCAAAUCGGGUAGAGAGAUCUCGAGGGGGGUGACUAAAUAUAGAGUAAUGAAUUUUGCAGGAGCGUCCUCCCUAUCUAUCAGAUAUCUAUCAGAUUCACCCUCCCCUCAGUUCUUCCCGACGCGCGUUUCGCCGACUAGUCGGGAACGCGCGUCGGGAAGAACUGAGGGGAGGGUGAAUCUGAUAGAUAGGGAGGACGCUCCUGCAAAAUUCAUUACUCUAUAUUUAGUCACCCCCCUCGAGAUCUCUCUACCCGAUUUGGUUUUUAGUUAGGACAGUUUCUCUUCGAUUAAGCAGCUAUUUCUACCGUCAGGCUUAUUAUUUAAGUUUUAGAGUUAGGAGUUAGUGACUUUGCUAGCUUUGGGCUUUUGGGUUGCUUUAGGCAAGAGAGGGUACGCUGGGGAUUAGUUGGAGUUCAGAUUUUCUCUAUCUACCCCCUCCCUCCUGCACUCCCAUUAUUUGUGCCACUAUUUGAUACUAGCAAGCAUAUCUCCUUCCUCCUGACUUUUGUAAGUUCUGUCCUCUCCGACCACGUAUAUAUUUUUAAAUUUAAAUGAUUAAAGUUAUAUUUUAAUUUUGAGACUGCUGACUUCUAUACAAGUAUCCUGUAGGUGCACUAGGAUAUACUGGAUGUGCACUCCCCAGGUUUACGUUGUAUUUUUCCUCCUACUUAUAUUUCAUUCAACAGGGGUUACCCCCCUACUCAUUCCAGCAGUUUGAUACACACUCUCUAUUUUUCUCUUCUCAAUUUACUUACCAGGAAAGGUUAAAGGAUCUUAACAUGUAUAGCUUGGAGGAAAGACGAGACAGGGGGGAUAUGAUAGAAACAUUUAAAUAUAUAAAGGGAAUCAACACAGUAAAGGAGGAGACUAUAUUUAAAAGAAGAAAAACUACCACAACAAGAGGACAUAGUCUUAAAUUAGAGGGACAAAGGUUUAAAAAUAAUAUCAGGAAGUAUUACUUUACUGAGAGGGUAGUGGAUGCAUGGAAUAGCCUUCCAGCUGAAGUGGUAGAGGUUAACACAGUAAAGGAGUUUAAGCAUGCAUGGGAUAGGCAUAAGGCUAUCCUAACUAUAAGAUAAGGCUAGGGACUAAUGAAAGUUUUUAGAAAAUUGGGCAGACUAGAUGUGCCGAAUGGUUCUUAUCUGCCGUCACAUUCUAUGUUUCUAUGUUUCUAUGCAGCAAACUGCGAUGCACUGUGUGUGUUCUGAUAUCUUUCUAUCAUGGUCAGCAUUAAGUUUUUCAGACAGUUGAUCUACAGUAGCCAUUCUUUGUGAUUUGACCUGACAGGUUAGCCUUCGCUCCCCACGCGCAGUUGUGUAUUUUGGAUUUGUGCUGCCCUACGCACAACUAAAUUCGGGCACCCCCAAAAUCUAAAUUUGACCUCCCAAUUCGUGUCAAGGCCACUUUUUGACUGACAGACACAUGCCCUCAUUGAUACAUGCACUGAUACACAGUCAUUGACACGCUGUUUAACCAACACACACUUUCACUGACAGGCACACACUCUCAGAUACACAUAAAAUGACAUAUACACACACUGACACACUCACAGGCACACCCAUUCUCACUGAAAGACACACACACUUUGACUCACUCACAGACACACACUGACAGCUACACUCGCUCACAGUAAGGUGGACAGCCCCAGAACACAUGGCAAGCAAGGCAUUUGUCUGGGUGCUUGCUGUGGCAUUGUUUGGCGCCCCCCCUGAAAGUGCCGCCCUAGGUAAAUGCAUUGUUUGCCUUGUGGUAAAUACAUCCCUGCCCACGCGCAUUAAUAAACUUUGGGCACCUAUGACACUAACGCCAGUUUGCAAGUUGUCCUUCCUUGCACCAGUUUUUGUAGUUACUAAUCACUGCAUACCAGGAGCACUCCACAACACUUGCCAUAUUAGAAAUGCUCUGUCUUAGCCAUCUAGCCAUCACUAUUUGGUCCUUGUCAAAAUCACUUGGAUCUUUUUGCUUGCCCAUUUUACCUGCUUCCAACACAUGAAUUCAAGAACUGACUGUUCAAAUGCUGCUAGUAUAUCCCAUGCCUUGACAGGUGCAAUUGUAACAAUAUGAUUAAUGUUACUCACUUCACCUGUCAGUGAUUUUAAUGAUGUUGCUGAUCAGUGUAUAACCCUUGUAUUUUAAUAUAAUUAUCUGCCAAGUGUGAAAUCAUUGAUUUAGGAUUUGUUCACCUUGUUGACCAUUCAGUACUAAGUCUGACAGGUUGUUGUUGUUUUUUUUCUGUCCUACUACCCCUCUAUUCUCUGCUACUUUAAUACACUAAAUAUUAUGGAAGUGAGUUCUUGGUUUUGAACUCUCCCACCUAAAACAGGACACUGGGGGUGCAUGUUUGAUUCAGUUUGUUGACAUAUGUCCAUUAAUUUUUGUGUCCAUGGUCACUGCUAUUUUCAUCCCUUCUCCUUGGUCUACCGCAAGUGAUUUAACAUCAUAGAUGAAUACAAAAGCAAAUCUAGUACAGAGUCAAAAUUCACACAGGUUAUACAGUAUCUCACAAAAGUGAGUACACCCCACACAUUUUUGUAAAUAUUUUAUUAGAUCUUUUCAUGUGUCAACACUGAAGAAAUGACACUCUGCUACAAUGUAAAUUAGUCCGUGUACAGCCUGUAUAACAGUGUAAAUUUGCUGUCCCCUCAAAAUAACUCAACACCCAGCCAUUAAAGGGAUUCUCCAGUGCCAGGAGAACAUAUCCGUUUUCCUUGCACUGCAGGGCCAUCUAGUGCCCCUCUACCUCCCACCCCAAGUUGCUGAAGGGGUUAAAACCCCAUUCAGUGACUUAAGAGUCCAGCGCCAAUGUCCCUCGGCGCUGGGUCAGGCUCCGCGCGGCCGCUGGUGGGGGAGACCUUAUGCGCAUGCGCAGCAUGGCCUGAAAACUGCAAUAAUUACACUUGCAGGGUUAAGGGUAGUGGGAGUUGGCAGCCAGACUACUCCAAUGGUCUGGGUGCCUGGAGUAUCCCUUUAAUGUCUAAACCGUUGGCCACCAAAGUGAGUACACAUCUAAGUGGAAUGUCCAAAUUGGGCCCAACGUGUCAAUAUUUUGUGUGGCCACCAUUAUUUUCCCGCACUGCCUUAGCCCUAAUGGGCAUGGAGUUCACCAGAGCUUCACAGGUUGCACUGGUGUCCUCUUCCACUCCUCCAUGAUGACAUUAGACGAUGUUAGAGACCUUGCACUCCCCCACCUUCCGUUUGAGGAUGCCCCACAGAUACUCAAUAGGGUUUAGAUCUGGAGACAUGCUUGGCCAUUCCAUCUCCUUUACCUUCAGCUUCUUUAGCAAGGCAGUGGUCGUCUUGGAGGUGUGUUUUGGGUCAUUAUCAUGUUGGAAUACUGCCCUGCGGCCCAGUCUCCGAAGGGGGGGGGGGGCAUCCUCUGCUUCAGUAUGUCACAGUACAUGUUGGCAUUAGUGGUUCCCUCAAUGAACUGUAGCUCCCCAGUGCUGGCAGCACUCAUGCAGGCCCAGACCAUGACACUCCCACCACCAUGCUUGACUGUAGGCAAGACACACUUGUCUUUGUACUCCUCACCUGGUUGCCGCCACAUGCUUGACACCAUCUGAACCAAAUAAGUUUAUCUUGGUCUCAUUGGACCACAGGACAUGGUUCCAGUAAUCCAUGUCCUUAGUCUGCUUGUCUUCAGCAAACUGUUUGCGGGCUUUCUUGUGCAUCAUCUUUAGAAGAGGCUUCCUUCUGGGAUGAAAGCCAUACAGACCAAUUUGAUGCAGUGUGCGGCGUAUGGUCUAAGCACUGACAGGCUGACCCCCCACUGCUUCAACCUUUGCAGCAAUGCUGGCAGCACUCAUACUUCUAUUUCCCAAAGAUAACCUCUGGAUAUGACGCUGAGAAUAUGCACUCAACUUCUUUGGUUGACCAUGGCGAGGCCUGUUCUGAAUGGAACCUGUCCUGUACAAUACCUUUAUGGUAUUGCCCACCGUGCUGCACCUCAGUUUCAGGGUCUUGGCAAUCUUCUUAUACCCUAGGCCAGGAGUAGGCAACCUACGGCACUAGUGCCAUGCACGGCACUCAAGGUGUAUUUGCACGGCACUCAAGGCUGCUAGCCUAUCAAGAGUCCCAGUAAAACUUCAGAUAUCUGCUAAUACGAAGAGGUGGUGAAGUACAAUCCUCAAUUUAAGCAUUGCAGUACAUAGAGGAAGUGAUCACAGAUCACUUCCUCCCAGCACUUGUGAAUGGGAAUCCACACUGUAGUAGAGCAGCCCGCAGCUGCUGUUGCAGCUCCUGUCCUUAAACCUGUAUCUGGCCAGCCUGGUCCCCACUGGAACCCAGGGAAGCCACACACACGCAAGAUAUACACAGAAAUGCAGAAUAACCCUCCCCUCAUACAAAUAAUAUGAACAGCCCACACACACACAAUCCGCACAAACGUAACCCGCUAACAAUCCACAUACAUGCACACAACCCAACAUGCAGCCUCUCACAUGCAAUAUCCCAAACAGCCCCCACACACUACCAAACACACAAUGUGACAUAUCCACGCACACACACACAAUUCCACAAGCAGCCCCCAUACACAGCCCACAUUCAUAUGUAUCAUACACAAUACCAUAAACUACUCCUGAACAUAUACAAUAUAAUAGCUUAAAUACGUACAAAUACAACGAUACAAAGCAACUGCAAUAAAAAUAACACGCAGACUACGGCUGCAUACACAACUCAAUUUAAAAAAAAAUAGGACCGGCACGCUACAGGACAUCACCAUCCUAUAUCGGCACAGUGCUGCUAAAAGGUUGCCUACCCCUGCCCUAGGCCAUCUUUAUAGAGCAACAAUAUUUUUUUCAGAUCUUUGCCAUGAGGUGCCAUGUUGAAAUUCCAGUAACCAGUGUGAGAGCGAUAAUACCAAAUUUAACACACCUGCUCCCCAUUCACACCUGAGACCUUGUAACACUAACGAGUCACAUGACACUGUGGAGGGAAAAUGGCUAAUUGGGCCCAAUUUGGACAUAUCCACUUAGGGGUGUACUCUCUUUUGUUGCCAACGGGUUAGACAUUAAUGGCUGUGUGUUGAGUUAUUUUGAGGGGACAGAAAAUUUACGCUGUAAUACAGGCUGUACACUUACUACUUUACAUUGUAGCAGUGUCAUUUAUUCAGUGUUGUUAGUCAAAUGAAAACAUAUAAUAAAAUAUUUACAAAUAUCUGAAGGGUGUACUCACUUUUGUGAGAUACUGUAAGUUAUACUUAUGUAUACCCUGAGGGAGAAUUGAUAAGACCAGCAGAUUGAUUUAAUAUUGCCAUCUAGCGUUUAAUAAAAUCAGAUAAUACGGUUGUUUAUUGAUACUCACAAAUAUGCUUUGCCUCUGAUUAACAAAAUCUCUUAAUCACUAUAUUUUUCACACACUGAAAAUUUUAUCAGAACCCCAUAGUAAAUUGGACAGGGCAUGGGUUAUGUUAAUCAUCCUACAGAGUUACAAUUAUUUUACAUAGCGCCAACAUAUUCCGCAGCAGUGUACUAUAAGAAACAAGCCAAGAUGUAAUUCUUACAAAAUGUGGAUGGUAUCCGGGAACUGUAGGUAAAUAUCAUCUUACAAGAUAUAAAGAAACUAUAUAUCUGUCCUGUUAACUUCCUAAACAGCAGGAAAGGUCUGAGUGGCCUUGCCAGCUACAUGUGCUGGGGACUGAGUGGGUAACAGAUGCAGGAGAGUGGUACUGUGUUCCUGCGGUUUCCUUCCACCCUAUGGUGCGAUGCGAGAUAUGGUAGUUGGUUAGUGUGUUGCAAAAUCACCAUUACCCACAUACAAUAAGAUGAGCUAAUACCCAAUGCCUCUUCCCACGCACCGCUAUAUUACCUGUUGCUUUUUUUCUAUUUUCUAGAUAACUUUAUUAUCAUUUAUAUAGCGCCAACAAAUUCUGCAGCGCUGUACAAUGGGUUAUUACAUUGCAGUCCUGACAUCUGGCAUUAUGUGCACUGUAUGAUCAGCGCAAUAAUCAAAAACACUUUUUUUUUUUUUCCUGUCAUGUAUGAAGACCAUUCAGAUAUAUUUAUACAGGGGAUAAAAUUGUGUGCAAAUACUAAACAUUUUCUUUCUUCUAUUAUUAGAUGGUAUUCUAUACUUGUGGGCCCAAUGAAGCUAUGGUUGUAUCAGGUACAGUAGUUGUGUCUACUACUCCCACUCACAAAUACACAGCCAGCAGACAGGGCCAGCUUCUACUACUCCCACCCACAAAUACACAGCCAGCAGACAGGGCCAGCUUCUACUACUCCGACUCACAAAUUCACAGCCAGCAGGCGGGGCCAGCUUCUACUACUCCCACUCACAAAUUCACAGCCAACAGGCAGAGCAAGUUUCUACUACUCCCACUCACAAAUUCACAGCCAGCAGGCAGAGCCAACUUCUACUACUCCCACUUACAAAUUCACAGCCAACAGGCAGAGCAAGUUUCUAUUACUCACACUCACAAAUUCGCAGGCAGGCUAGCUUCUACUAUUCAAACUCACAAAUUCACAGCCAGUAGGCAGAGCAAGCUUCCACUACUCACACUUACAAAUUCACAGCCAGCAGGCAGGGCCAGCUUUUACCAUCCUCAAGUACACAGCCAGGGCCAGCCUUACUGUUAGACACAAUAUAGUUUGUACAGAUUUCUACCUUGAGACAUGCCCACACUGUGCAGUGUUACAGCAAGCUAUUUACAUUCAGUACAUACUGACAGUGUUGUGAUACUGUGAUAGCAUUACACCAUAACAUAAUGACUCAGUACAGUAUAAAACACCAAGCCAGUGUGUGUGUGUGCAUUAUGAAACAGUGUAUAUAAGCUGCUGAUUCUGUUGAUACAUUUUGUUGUGUAUUAAGAUUCUGUUAGGAGAUGCAGACUUUUAUUUACAUUUCAGAAAAUCUGGUUAUUGAUAUGAAAUAUAUGUAAUAUGUUUUUGAAUGCUGGCACCUUACAAGCAGGUUUAUAGUGCUCUCCACUUUCUGCUCACGUCACAUAUUCAUGUCGCACUCCAGGGUUCUGCCGCAGCCCUCCAGUAAUGAUCGCAGGAGGUCGGGUCUUUGUUCUGCCUUGUGUACAGAAGAUACAAAGGUGAGAUUACAUCUGUACGUGUCUGUCUGAAUUCUGAUGUAUACAUAAAUAUGAACACCGAGUUUCUAUCUCAUAGGAUCUCCUUAAACACACUGACAUUGAAUGUUAAGAGUGAGAAGGUGUAUACCCGUCAUGGAGUCCCAAUUUCAGUUACUGGUAUCGCCCAGGUGAGGCCCCACGAGAGUGUCCAUUACUCACCAGUGUCUCUUCUCUUUACUUUCAUUCUUCUUGCACUACCUGCUUUUAAAAAUUUUUACAUUUUUAUGCUCUCAAUCUCAUUACCUUGAUAUAACACAUGCCUCUCGUAUCGCUUUCGGCCGAUAGGUGAAGAUCCAGGGACAGAAUAAGGAGAUGCUGGCAGCUGCUUGCCAAAUGUUCCUUGGUAAAAGUGAGAACGAGGUUGCUCAUAUUGCCCUGGAAACCUUGGAGGGCCAUCAGCGUGCCAUCAUGGCUCAUAUGACGGUGGAGGUAAGACAUAAAGUAGUGAGGAAACUGCUUAUUGCUAGCCUUAGGGACCAAUAGUUUCAUUAUUUUAUAUUGCUGAUUUUCUAAAUGUCCAUCUUUUAACUACAUUUUUUUUCUCCCUAUUUCUCAACCCUCUCUCCUCACCGUUCAGGAGAUAUACAAGGACCGACAGAAGUUUUCUGAACAAGUUUUUAAAGUGGCUUCAUCUGAUCUAGUUAACAUGGGAAUUAGUGUUGUCAGUUACACCCUGAAAGACAUUCACGAUGACCAGGUAAAGGAAAAUACAUUGUAUGAGUGUUUCACUUAAAAGUGAUUAAAUUGGAUAAAAUAAUCAUUGAUAUCUUCAUGACUUGCCUCCUCCAGGGAUACCUGGUCUCUCUGGGUAAGGCACGGACAGCGCAGGUACAGAAGGAUGCAAGGAUUGGGGAGGCUGUGGCAAAGAGAGAUGCUGGGAUCAAGGUAGGGAAAUGAAUGCCACCAUGAUGAGAUAUAGAACAUAAAACAGGGACGUCUUAGAAUAGCCUGGGUUCCAAAAGGUGAGGUGUGGAGUAAAACUGAAGGAUAUGGACAAGGUGUCUGAGAAGCUAACCUAGAUUACAUUAUAGACCAUAUCUUUAUAAAACAUUAUUCAUGUAGGGAUUUUGAAAUUGAAAGAUACAGGAGGAUUAAAAAAAAAAAUUUUAUUGCGGAACUUGGUAAAUGAAUAGUAAAACCUCAAAUAUUUUAAUAAUAAAAAAUGUGAUUCAAAGAUUAUUAUUACAAUGAUGCUGUUCAUUGCAGGAAGCAGAGGCUCAACAGGCAAAGGUCUCGUCACAGUACGUCAAUGAGAUUGAGAUGGCGAAAGCUCAGAGAGAUUAUGAACUAAAGAAAGCUUCGUAUGAUUUGGAGGUGAAUGCCAGGAAGGCAGAAAGUGACCUGGCUUAUCAGCUGCAGGUACGGUUAUAACCACAUCAGCUGGACGGCGAUGGCAAAUUCACAAUUCAUCACUCCCUUCUGCCUCACGCAGCCAACAUUGGUGACGUCUCUGUACCAUUUCCCAGGUGGCCAAGACCAAGCAGAAGAUUGAGGAGCAGAAAGUCCAGGUCCAGGUGGUGGAGAGGACACAGCAAAUCCAAUUGCAGGAUCAAGAAAUCCAGCGCAAGGAGAAGGAGCUGGAAGCCCGGAUUAAGAAGCCAGCUGAUGCUGAACGCUACCGACUGGAGAAAAUUGCUGAAGCUGAAAGGUGGGAUGUCUGGCGAAAGGAAAUAUGGGAUAUUGGAGGAAAUAAUGUCUGAAGGACUGCCCUUAAAAAUUAAAUAACUGCCUAUUCCUUUGCAAAUAGGAGAUUUUCAUCUUUCUCCCAGAAGUGUGGUGGCUGCAGUCCAAGGCAGGAGUAUUUUUCACACACAUUUUUCUCACUAUUUCAGCAGAAAUAAAUAACAAGCAGAAAGUCAUGUCAGAUGUGUUUCACGUCUCUCGGUAGUGAGAGAGAGAGAGAGGGGUGUAAGCACUAGACAAAUGCACACACACCUCAUGCUGCAACUGCCAGACAUGGGACAAAGGUCCACUUCCCAAGGGAAAGGUAGUUUACAGACGGGGUCUUGAGGCGAGCCGCGAGUUUGACAUAUUAAGGCAGAGUAGGCAUCUGCUCUCUCCAUAUUGCAGAUACCUACUCUGCUCAAAUUUACCCGGCCGCAGGGAGAGGACGCUGGGGCAGCAAGGGAGCUCCAGGUGGAUGCUGAAUUUACCAACGUUUCUAUGUAAAUUUAAGUUUUUUUUGUUUGUUUUUUUGCGGCCCCUGUUUAUUUGGCCCUUGCUAGCCUUUGAUUUUGACAUGCUUGAUGUAAGUAUAUAUUAAAACAUUAAAACUUCAACUUCAAAUCUUCAUAGGGAAAUCUGGUACAGAUGGUUUUAUGUGCUUGUUUCUUUCAUGAAUGUGUCUCUGUAGAACAAUAGUAGCUAACCUGACGUGAUUAUGGACUAUAAUUCUCAAGAUGCACAGUUGGCUCUUUUUUUUUACAUUCAUUUGUUGGCCCCGCUACAUCUUGCUAACUCCCUUUAUCUCCACUUCAGAAUGAGGCUGAUCACUGAGGCUGAGGCAGAAGCUGAAUCAAUCAAGGUAAGCACUGGAAGUUUGAGGUCACACACCUUACAUAAUGUUCCAGACUUUGAGUUGUUGCUAGUACCAGACUUGUUGAGCAUUCAGUGCACAAACUGUGAAUGCUGUGUCAACCCCAUGUUAAAGCUUUGCUUGUGGAAAAAUAGCAUCACUUCGUAUCGUAUUAUCCAUAAUAAUCAAUAUAUCCAGUGGAGCUGCUUACAUUUUAAUCUGUUACUGUGGAGAAUCCUUCUAUUGCGAAGCCCAUGUAAGUAAUCUUAAUUUACUUGAUAAUAGCAGCAACAGAGCGUACAGGAUCGCAUGGGCAUUCUGACUGUAAUGUCUUUUGCUCCCUGACAUGUUUUCAAUCUCUCGUGUUUCUAGGUUAAGGGUGAAGCCCGUGCCUAUGCAGUUGAGGUCAAGGCUCGUGCCGAUGCUGAACAGAUGGCCAAAAAGGCCGAAGCUUUCCAGGAAUACCAGGACGCAGCCAUUGUGGAUAUGUUACUGGAGAAACUACCUGAGGUAACCUGGUGAUUGAGGUUGUUAAUUCCAUGUAAUUUUACCUUGGAAAUAUUUUUGACAACCCACGUCUGUCUCUUAACCCCUUAAGGACCAAACUUCUGGAAUAAAAGGGAAUCAUGACAUGUCAUGUGUCCUUAAGGGGUUAAAGGGACACUAUAAUCACCAAAACAAGUUUUGCUUAAUGAAGCAGUUAUUGUAUUGGUCAGUCUCACUGGUCAAUUCUCUGCUAUUUAGGAGUUAAAUCAUUUUGUUUCUGUUAAUGCAUCCCUAGCCACAUCUACCCUAGAUGUGACUGACACAGCCUGCAUGGGAGAAACAUGGUUUCAUUUUAAAUCACAUGUAACUUACUUUAAAGGUUUUUAUCUCUUGCUCUAUAAAUGCAUACAGGAAGCUCAUGUAGUGUCUAGAAGGCUAUUAGAAGAGCAGGAGAUAUGAAAUUCUAAAUUAAACAGAAUUUGCAAUAAAGCAAGUGUAAACAUUCGAUGACUUUGCAGAAAGUGUUUAGGUAAGUCACAUGCAGGGAGGUGUGGCUAGGGCUGCAUAAACAAAGGGAUUUAACUCCUAAAUGGCAGAGGAUUGAGCAGUGAGGCGGCGGGGGCAUGAUCUAUACACCAGAACGGCUUCAUGGAGCUAUUGUUGUUUUAGUUACUAUAGUGUCCCUUUAACAUCUUGCUCUAUAACUCUGUGUCUCUUGGUAUACUAUUGAGUGUUCUGCACUGAAACUAUCCACGUUUCCCAGUCCACUUCUGUUUUCCAUACUAACCUCUUACAUAAAAACCCUGCAAUUCUCAUUCGCAUUGCUCAUAUCUGUACACAAUUAACACUGCCCUUGCCAGUCUGUUUGUUUUUUGUUUUGCUGUUCUCCACAAUUCUGUCCCAAAGAUUCUUGCUGUUUUUUUCCAUUUUACCCUCUGGUUUCUCAUCAUCCCCCGACAUUUAACACACUCAUCAUUUGCAUUUUUAUUUGCCUGAAUUCUGCUUUUUUUAUCACAUGUAAAUCUAUAACAUACGGUAUUUAUCAUUUUUGUUCUUGGAUUAGAUUUGUUCCUAUAUGACUUCAGAUUACCGGGGUCGCCACUUAAAAACAAACAAACCCAAAACAAAAACACACAGGCCAGGCAUGAAGUCCUCUAGAUUCACAACUUUUGUCCAGUCAGAUGUUUUCCAUAGGGAAGCAUUGCAAACAUAUGGUGCAGGCAGGUCAGUUGCUACUAUCUGCCUGUUCACGGUUUCUAUAUGAGAAGCAUUGAUUCCACUACUUUUCAUAGACCGGCAAUGGACGUACACCCAGCAUGUGGUGUCAGUGUCCAUGUACUUUGCCGGCUGACGACACAUUCAGUUACUGGAAAAUGUAAAAAUAUUACAAGUGCCAUUUCUCAUAAACCGUUUUGUUUUUGUAUGAAAAGCUGCAGGGGCAGCAUCUGUGCCAUAGAAUCAUUAAGGUUAAAUGAUUUUCGUGGUUAAAAUGCCUUUUUAAUUCUCAUUGUACAUCACAGGUGCCUUUACUAUUUCUGUCGUGGUUUCUGGUUCUCUUUUUUUCUUUACACACAAUGCCACACAUCCUCUCCUGAAACUUCAGGGUCUCUUUUACCACUGGAAGUCUUGUUAGUUUUCAUUUCGGUUAUUUUGUUGGUGACUUUUCACCCGAUGUUGCAGAUUGUCGAUGAGAUUAGUAAACCCCUGACAGAGGUGAAGAAGAUCAAGCUGAUCUCAAGUGGUGGGAGCGAGGUUGGUGCCUCCAAGAUUACCGGUGAAGUUCUGGAUAUUCUCAAUCGUCUUCCAGACACUGUGGAGAGGUUGACCGGUGUCAGCAUUAACCAGGUCAGUUGAUCAUCACUGUGUUAUUGUUCAUUUUGGUUUGUUUGUACAAAGUUUACACCCAGUUCAUAUAAUAAUGACACUAUUACCACAGAGUUUGUCAUCAGUGUCUAGUUUUCUGUUGGUGGUGAAGAAGUGACCCAGCUUUGUUCUUGCAGCUUUGGUAGCAGUGGAGCACAGUAGGUUCUGUUGCUGUUCAUAAAACGGCUGUCUGUUUUUUACUAAUUCUUUUAACAGUUUGCCCCCUUACAUAAAUAAGGCCAUCAUGGGAUGGCUGUGCUUUUUCCAGCAGCAUUUUACUAAAGCCUCGGGAAGUACAAACUUGUAAACUCCAGUCUGCAAGCUUAUAAAACCUUAUAAACCCUAACUGUUGUUUUUUCUAGAGACUAUUAAAUUGUAGUUUAAAGAGGAGCCAUGCUUCCCCUAGGAGUGACUGUCCUUGGUUCCCUCAUGCCUGUAAAUAUUUACAGCACUGCAGGGGUUAACUAGUAUGCAUGGCUUGUCUGACCAAUCGUCUAAAUUAAAAUAAAUUCAAUAAAAAAAGUUUUAAAAUAGACUAAAUAUAACUAAAACUUUCAUUUUCUGUGAAAAAAAAUUCUGUUUUGCUGCUUUAAUUGUGAGAGAUCUCACCGAAAGAAAGCUGAACUUUUUAUUAUAUACAAGGAUUUAUAUUUUGUACAAACAAGGAAGCUCAGAAUCCACACCAUGAAUGAUAAGGUAUUUAAUUGCAAAAGUGAUGGUAGGAGCUGCACUCCAUCCCAGCAGACACCCGGUGCUCUGGAGCAGAACCAGCAAUCCCACAAGUAUAAGGCAGCACCAGAAAUUCUCCAGGCACUCAAAGUGUGAAAGCCGCAGGCAGUUUUAAUGGAACAAAAAAGAGCAGCAACGUUUCAACCUGGUGAGAGGUCUUUUUCAACUUGGAAAAGACCUCUUACCAGGUCGAAAUGUUGCUACUCUUUUUUGUUCCAUUAAAACUACCUGCAGCUUUAACACCUUGAGUGCUUGAAGAAGGUAUUUAAUGGCACAACACUAAGAAAGACCGUUUAUAAUCCAAUGAUUUUUUUUUCUUUUCUAGAGCGGAUAUAGGAAGCCAGGACGCAUGUCGUAACUUCUGAUGGAAAAUUACCCUGCUGCCUCUUCUACUUAUAUUCUCCAGAACUGUUUGGAUUCAUGUUGGUGGCAGCUGCUUGAGAUUUUUGGCCUUUUGUACUCGGCCUACACUGAAAGAAAGAACGUAUGUCAGCCAUUUUAUAUAUGCUUUGGCCAUUGGCUUUUUUUUUAUUUUGCAAGUGAACGUGGGGCAAUUUAAAAUGUCCUACCUACGCACUACAAUAUGUGUUCUUAAGUGACUGCACCACCAACCAAAAGUCCAAAGCCACGUUUCCACUCUUCUUUUUAGUUAAUGUUUUAGAGCCAGUUACACUGCCUGUUAUUCCAUAAUGGACUUUUUCUACCAUUAUACAAUUUCAGCCUUUUAGCUACAUGUUUUGGUUUUAUUAUUUACAAAGGCCCUAGGCUUUCCUGUCCCAUAUUAUUCUGUAGCACUCAGGUCUUCAAAAUGAAUGCGGUUUAUCUAUCUCCUGUGAUAUAAACCCUUGAUUUAGCCCCUUAUUAACUCAAGAAAAAAGGUAGUGGAGUGCUCAACUGCUUGGUCCCUGUGUGUUUCAGUUCCAACAUGGCUAUUCUUGACCCUGCUUGCAGUGAAGGAGCAAGUGUGCCAGUCCCAAGAUGGCCGCUUAAUGUUUUCAUAUGUAUCUCUCUGUGUUUGUGAUUGCGUGUUGAAUCAUGCACUGUCUCCCCCACAUAUCCUUUCAUCAGAAAAUAUUAACUGUGAACUUGUGCCUGUAGCUCGAUCCAGUGAAUGCCUUAUACUUGGAGAUAUUGUUAUGGUUAAUAAAUGUGUUCCACAAUUAAUUAUAGUUCUUUAUUUCAAAGGUGGAAGUAUGAAAAUAGGCAGGUGCCCUGUUUUGUAUUUUAUGUUGUGUUUUUUGUAUGUGCAACCAUCACU